GAAAGAGAGAGAGAAAGAGAAAGAAAAAGAAGCACACUCAUUCUGUCACUCUCUCUCAAACACACAACAAACUCUCCUUUGAUUCCGUUACUUCUUAUGUUCGAAAACCCUAGCGAAACCCUUCUGUUAUAACGAAUUUCAGAAGUUUCCGGUGAGUGUUUGUGAUAGAAAAUCAUGAACCGUCAAGUGCUACCACCGUUGCCGAAGAAUGCUAGCACGGUGGAUCCUAAAAUCUGGCGAGCGAUCGCCGGUGCCGCCGUGCAUAUCCCCGCCGUUAAUUCUAGGGUUUACUACUUUCCUCAAGGACAUAUGGACCAAGCUUCUUCUCCUCCUAACAAUCUUUCUCCUCGACUACUCUCCAGGCCUUACAUUCUCUGUUCUGUUUCUGCCGUUCAUUUUCUUGCCGAUCCGAAAACCGAUGAGGUUUUUGCGAAACUGUUUCUUCAGCCUCUCAAUGAUUUCGCUGCCAUUUUCCCUCGUGUUCCUGCUCCCGAAGUUGACGACGGUGAGAGGAUUUUCUCGUUUGCGAAGAUUCUCACUCCUUCGGAUGCUAACAACGGAGGUGGAUUCUCUGUUCCGAGGUUUUGUGCUGAUUCGAUUUUCCCGCCUCUUGACUAUAGUAUGGACCCUCCGUAUCAGUCUCUUGUGAUUACCGACGUGCACGGCAUUGCUUGGGAGUUUCGUCACAUUUACCGUGGCACCCCGAGGCGGCAUCUGCUUACCACCGGUUGGAGUAGGUUCGUUAACGGGAAGAAGCUCGUUGCCGGUGAUUCCGUUGUUUUCAUGAAGAAUACCAGAGGCAACAUGUUCAUCGGGAUCCGCCGUGCUGUCCGUUUUGUUCCGGCUCGGAGUGCUAAUGACGCAACGAGACUGUGCCUUCCGAUCUGUGGGGUGAGAAACAGGGUGGAUGAUGAAGAUAAUGAGGAAAAACAGGUGGAAGAGAAGUGUAGAGAAGAGUUUUCGAGGAAUGGGAAAGGGAAGUUGUCUCCGAAAUCGGUAGCGGAGGCAGCGGAAUUGGCGGCGCAGGGAUUGGCAUUUGAAGUCGUGUAUUAUCCGAAAGCUGGUUGGUCAGAUUUUGUGCUGAAAGCUGAGGUUGUGGAUGUAGCAAUGAGUGUUACGUGGUGUCCUGGAAUGAGAGUCAAAAUGGCUGUGGAGACUGAUGAUUCCUCCCGGACUACAUGGUUUCAGGGUGUAGUGUCUUCCGUCUCUGUUCCUGAUCAUGGCCCUUGGGGAGGUUCGCCUUGGCGUAUGCUUCAUAUUACAUGGGAUGAACCUGAAGUGUUGCAAACUUCCAAGUGGGUCAGCCCUUGGCAGAUUGAACUUCUUUCGACAACACCUACACUUCAUACACCAUUUCCCUCAAUAAAAAGGCUUAGAGGCCCACCUGGGGUGUUAACUGAUGGAGACCCCUUUUCUAUCACAGCAUUCACUAAUUCAACAAUGGGACAAUUGAAUCAAUCGUUGUUGAGUUACGGUACUUUUCCUGCUGGCAUGCAGGGAGCCAGGCAUGAUCUAUUUUCUGUUUCAAGUUUUUCCAACUUUCCAGGUGAAAUCCCCCGUCUGUGUAUGAGUAACUCCUUUGGCAACAACGCAGUGCUGGGGUUGAAAUCUUUGUCAACUGAGCUAAAUGUUGGCAGUUCUCAAUCUGAUGAUUUGUCACCAGAGAGCCAGAGUAGUUUGCCUUCCUUUGGCACAGAUUUUGUCCGGAACUACAACUGCAACUCAAUGAAACCCGGGCCUGUAUCGUUUCAGCUAUUUGGGGUAGUCAUUCAGUCAGAACAGCCUGUUGAAAGUGGUUCGAAUGGUACUGGUAGCCCAGGAGAUGAUAGCAGUAAGGGCUGCAAUGAAACUGAAGGCAUGAACAACCCUCUUGAGGAUUCUUUGAUUUACUCAAAAUUGCUUGACAGACUUGAUGGCCAGUGCCAAAUAGCCUCAACUGCCGAGGCAUGCUAUUUGUGAAAGUAGUUGUGAUUAUGUCAUGCACAUAAGUAGCUGUACAGAACUUCAUUAGGGAGGAAAAAAGAUGCAGCUUCUCAUGGCAUGAUAAUGGAUAAAAAAACUGGAAUAUGUGACUCUCGCAUCUGAAGUGCUUUCUUCAUGCAGGCAGGACCACCCCUUUUGACCUUGCAGUAUGCUGGUUUUCUUUUGUUUGUCUUGUUAAAAUUUGGAAACAGUGAAACUAGCUUCGUAAUAUUUGGAAAGACUCGAGUGUGAUGUAACAUUUGACAUUUUUCAUAUUUCCUAAAAAAACAAGAUCAUUUUCGCCCCACGAUUGGAUUAUGAAGAAAGUUUUGUAUGUUGCUAUUCAUUUA